UAUAAAAAAAAGUAAAGUGGUAACAUUGCUUUGAUUGGAGUGACUUUUGUUUUUCGUUAGAUUUUGAGGUUGAUUGUUAUUGUACUCAUACGGGAUAUUCUUUGAUUUUACCUUCAGUUUUUAUAUUUGUGACUUGGUAAAAUAUAUAACAAGAAUGGAGCUAUCUGCAGAGGGUAAAACUCCUGAAUAUAUGGCACUUGCUGGUAUCAAGUUCAAGCUGAGUUUACCACAGUUCAAAGACAAUCCUCAGUUAAAAGAACAGUUAUUUCAAGGAAUAAAGGUCGGGAACAUGGCCCCUUACUACAAAGAAGUAUGUAACGAUCUUGGUUGGCCAUUCGACCAAAAGUUAUAUGAUGACAUGGCAAAAGAGAACCAAGAAAGAUUAUCCAAGUUUGAAGAAGAUGAUUCAGAGACUCCAGUGUGGCAGGAUAGAUUGGAUUACUUAUGCUCUAUUGGUGAUAAAGAGGGUGCUACUACUCUGGCUACAGCAAAAUAUGAAGACACCACACUCACUACUAAUAGAAGGCUAGAUGCUAUAUUUGCACUGUUCAGAAUUGCAUACUUCCAUGGUUGCAAUGUAAAAGAUAUGGGCAAAGCCAUUACAAAGGCUCAUGAAUUAGUUGACAAAGGUGGAGACUGGAGAUCCAGGAACAAGUUGAAGGCCUAUGAAGCUAUAUAUUGUCUUGCAGUCAGAGAUUACAAUCAUGCAGCUGAAUUGUUCAUUGAUUGUGUUUCAACAUUUGAAUCCUAUGAACUAGUGGACUUUGGUACAAUAAUUCAGUAUUGUGUUUUGGCGUGCGCGUUGGCUUUGGAACGCCAUGCCUUACAGUCGGCAUUACGUCGACAAGGCGCGGCGGUGCAGGCUUUGCGCUCUCGGUUCCCUGAAUUGAGGGAACUUGUUGAGUCAUUGCAUGAAUGCCGUUAUGCAGACUUCCUCAAGAGUCUUGCUUGGGUGGAGACGCAGAUCUGCGUGGACCCGGUGUUCCGGCCGCACUACCAGCACUACGUGCGCGAGGCGCGCAUCAAGGCGUACGUGCAGCUGCUGCGCGCCUACCGCUCGCUCAGCCUCGACAACAUCGCUGACACGUUUGGCGUCACGCGGGAGUUCGUUGAGGAGGAGAUCUCCAAGUUCACGACAGCGGGCCGCCUCCAGUGCCGCAUCGACGCGGUGGCGGGGUGCGUGGUGACGGGCGCGGGCCGCGGCGCCGACGCAGACCGCUCGCAUCUCUACCAGGCUACCAUCCGCGAGGGAGAUCUUCUCCUCAACCGCGUCAAGAAACUCGCCAGUGUUAUUAAUUUCUAGUUGCGUGUAUUUUAAUUGAAUAUAUGAUCUUUUAAGCGAU